UAUAAUGAUCAACCUAAGAUUGUUUGCAUCUAUGCUAAGCAUCAAAUAGGGAAACCAUGGGCUGAAAAUUGCCUUUUUAUCUUCCCUGUGAUUAUGACAUGUUUUUUUCUUACCGGAAAUAUGCUAAUUGGAAUUAUCUUAAAUUACCUGUUCAUGUACUUUGUACAUCCUUUUGUGGGUAUAUGCUGUACCAUGGCUUCCUUUCCGGAAAGAACACUGAAAGAAGCAUUUCAGUUUAAGACAGAAGAAUCUGAAAUAGAGAUUCAGGAACGGUAGCAGUUGCAGAAUCCAAAGAAUUGAUGGAGAUUCCAGCUUUUUUUGUUACUAGUGGCCAUUUGUUAGUGGAAAUAUGGGCGGCGUUAUAAUGGUUCCAUAAUUCUGGUAAUAGACGCACUUCUUCUGGGUCAAUGUCAAGUGACGACAAUGUGCUGCUACAGCAACAUAUUUGGUAUGCUCUGUAUUCUUCUUGCCAGGCAGAACUUGGGGAUUGACAAUAGGGGGGUUUCAUUGCCAGGUAGUCCCUACAAAAUGAAUUAUUACUGGGGCCGUGUUGCUUUUAAACGGGUGGAGAUAAAUUGAAAAUGGUGACAAGAACAGUCUGCGCGGCUCAACGAGCGCGGAGUAAGCUUUUAUGGUGGAGAAUACAGAGUAAGGGAUGGUAUGGAUCUAUGCAUGCUUUGUCAUGACCUUGAUGAAAGAUAAUAGAUCAAAACUAGAGGGGAAAAUACAUUAAAAGAGAGCAAUCUACAGAGUCAGCUGAAAAGCAUUUCAUUGCCACCCCUGCAAAUAUCUAGAGGUAGCUACAGAGCUAUAUCUGGAGUCUUCAGAGAGAGUUGGAUUGCUCAAGAAAAAUCCUUAGAUAUGAAUAUGAAAUGGAAGUCAGAGCUUGGCACUUCUAGUCAGAAUUCCCAUCAUGAUUUUGAGCAUCCAAACAAAGCUUGUGGAUCUUUCUUACCAGAUUCAGGUUCAGGCCCAGCUAACAACAUUUCUUUUAUGCAACCUUCAGUGUCCUGUGACUGGGUACAUGGAAAUCCAAAGAUGAGUGUUAGAAGGUGCCCUCAAGAGGUUGUAUCUGGUGGCUUGCUUCAGAGUACUCAAACUCAGGAAUUGUAUAUUAGUGAUAGGUAUCACACAAGUGAUGGUUCAGUUCAGAGUCCUCCUUUAUAUGAAAAUUGCCCUGUUCAACUUCAAAGACAAACUCACGAAGCUUCCUCAUAUUGCAUUGGGCACUCAUUUUACAGUUCUCCAUCUAUUCAGAGUUGCUCAUCGGGUGGAAGCCCAGCAUCACCACAAACCUCACAAACCUACCCAUCUGAUGUACAUUAUUUCCCAUCCCCUGGAGAGCAAUAUGGUUCAUCUGGAAGUGGCUACAGUAGCAACCAGCCAGAGACAGAGUUGAAAUAUAUGCUGCAGGAACUAGAGACAGCAUUAAUGGGGCCUGACAGUGACAAUCCUGAUAAUUUUGAAUCCACCUACGAGGAAAAUAUGUCUUCAGAAUUUUCAGAAUGGAAUCUGGAGAGCAUGCAUGACACAAAUGAUAGCUAUUGUCAAAGUUCACUAUCUGUUUACGCAAAGGCAGAGCAGGUAGAAAUAUCAUUAGACACCCAAGAUGGCGUUAAAGAAGAAAUAGAGAAUGAGAUGGAUCUUGCAAUGUCUUGUAAUACGAGUAAUGUCUCAAAAGAACAAAAGCAAGAGCCAGAAGAUGAUAUCCCACAUGGGGAUAUAAGAAAACUCCUUGUUGCAUGUGCAAAAGCCAUUGAUGACAAUGACUUAGUCAAUAUUGAUAAAUGGGUUGCAGAAUUGAGGCAACUGGUAUCAGUAAGUGGCCAUCCAAUGGAAAGGUUGGGUGCAUAUAUGGUAGAAGGUCUUGUGGCAAGGAUGGCUUGCUCUGGAGCAACAAUUUACAAAGCAUUAAGGUGCAAAGAACCUGCUAGUGCAGAGCUCCUGUCAUAUAUGCAAAUCCUCUAUGAAGUUUGCCCUUAUUUCAAAUUUGGUUAUAUGGCUGCAAAUGGUGCCAUCGCAGAAGCAUUCAAAGAUGAAGAUAGAGUGCACAUUGUGGAUUUUCAGAUUGCUCAAGGCAGCCAAUGGGUUACACUCCUCCAAGCCCUUGCUGCAAGGCCAAAGGGCCCACCUCAUGUUCAUAUCACUGGUGUGGAUGACCCUAUGUCAGAGUAUGCUCGAGGUGGAGGGUUAGAGUUUGUUGGUAAAAGAUUAUCAAAGCUUGCUGAGACUUUCAAAGUUCCAUUUGAGUUUCAUGCUGUGCCUGUGAUGGGUGCUGAUGUUCAGGUUCAUAUGCUUGAGGUUCGACCUAGGGAUGCAUUGGCUGUGAAUUUUGCUUUUCAGCUGCAUCAUUUGCCCGAUGAAAGUGUAAACACAAGCAACCAUCGGGAUCGAAUUUUACGGAUGGUAAAGGGACUAAGGCCAAAAGUUGUUACAUUAGUUGAGCAAGAAUCUAACACUAACACUGCACCGUUCUUCCCUAGGUUUAUGGAGACUCUAAGCUAUUACACAGCCAUCUUUGAAUCUCUCGAUGUGACUCUUCCCAGAGAGAGCAAGGAGCGGAUCAAUGUUGAGCAGCACUGCCUGGCACGUGACAUUGUGAAUAUCAUUGCUUGUGAAGGUGCAGAAAGGGUAGAAAGGCAUGAACUGAUGGGUAAAUGGAGGUCCAGAUUUAGCAUGGCUGGGUUUAAACCUUACCCAUUAAGCUCAAUUGUAAACUCUACUAUCAAGCUGCUUCUAGAAGAUUAUUGUAAGAACUAUAGUCUUUUAGAAAGAGACAACACACUUUAUCUAGGUUGGUCAGAUAGACCCUUGAUCGCAUCUACUGCAUGGCAGUAGUUUCAUACAAAAGUAAUGGGCAUAGGCAAAACGUAUUCUGGGUUUUGUGGUAGGUUUAGUAGCAUUUCAAGCACUACAACCCAUAGCAGAUUAAGGACUAGUCAGGGUGCACACAGUGGCUUAACCUCAAAGUUAUGAUAUCAGAUAUAUGGCAAUAUUGUAAUUAUGUUGAUGUAAUUGGACUUAUAUCACCAAACUGGUAAUUAAGUCUCCUGUAAUAUUUCGCUGUUUAGGUUUGAUUUUUUAAUCAUCUUUAAAAUGAUAUUAGCUAUUAUUUUGUCGAAAAGAUAUUACAAAUUUCCUGAAAA